AUGUCUCAUGGCCCCCUGUCCUCCAUGGCAUCAGCCACUGACCUCCGUCUCACCUUCAGCCUCACGCUCAACUGCAGGUGUGACGACACCGUCACAGUAAAACAGCACAAGUCAGAACAAAAGCAGCACAAGGUGUGCGAGGGGAGCGGCCACACGGUGGACUACAUGCAGUUCCUGAGGAGGUACGGCCGGGCCCCGCGGCCCGCAGGGCCUGCAGCAGCCACAGCACUGCCUGGUCCACAGAACACUUCCCUGUCCCUGUCUGAGAUACAGAAGCAUCUCAGAGAUAAGUUGUCAGCACUUUGGGGGGAACAGACUCGGGCCUCCACAGAUCAAGGCGAGCGUGUCGAUAACCGUGUUCACAGAGAUGAAAGCCCCGGCGAGGCGAGCAGAGCCUCACAGAUCGGAGGCAACCUGAGGACCAUGAUCAGAGUGUUCAGCCUGUUUGACUGCAAGCGAGAAGGACACAUCCAGCGGCGCGAGUUCCGUCGCAUCCUGGACAGCUACUGCAUCCAGCUGACAGACAAGGAGUUUCAGAGGCUCUGGAAUCACUACACUCCUAAUAACAUGCCCACCAUUUCCUACGAGCUGUUCCUGGACAAGCUAGGCUUUGGUGACAGGCAUGUCUUCAAGAUUGCUCCAGUCUGCACCAAGCUAGAAGUGUCCAGCCGAGGGACAACUCCAGUCAAACAGAGAGCACAAAGACCACAAUCUCUUUCCAGUCUGCGCGAUGUCCCAUCAGUCCUGCCACACAGGAAGCUGCAGACUCUUUUCCACAACAAGAUGUGCAUGAACUCUACCCCGGUGUGGCAAGCGCUGCAGGCCUCUGACACCACCCGCUCUGGCCUGGUACAACAGGACGUCCUCAGGGCCAUUCUCAGCAGCUUUAUAUUUCUCAUGAACCCUCACACCUUUCAGAAGCUGACCAGCUGUUACGGUGUGAUAGCAACGGGGCCAGUGAGGUGGAAACACUUUCUGGGUCACUUCCUGAGACCGGGAGAGGGCGACACAAAUCUUCACACCCACAGGGCCUUGGAGCAUCCCACCCAAGAAGAAGAAGACAAGUUGGAUCUCCAGGACCUUUACCCUCGACUGAAAGACAUUUUCCACCUGCUGGACGAGAAGGAGGCAGGUUGGAUAACCAGAGCAGACCUGAGACAUUCACUGGAGAGACUGGAUGGGACCCGGCCCGGUACUCUACGGUCACAGAUCACAGAGCUGCUUAAUGCUCUGGACCCGGAACACACCGGGGUCAUCCAGCUAGCCGGCCUGGAGAGACUCAACCUCAGUACCGGCUCCGCUACCACGUGCAACACGGCACCACCGCCCACCCCCGCCGACACUGCUGAGCACCUGGACGUCCCUGAGGAGGCUGAAGACACUGCUCUCAGUUCAGUGCUGACAGCUCUGGAGCAGGUUGACCCUCAGAGCACCGGAUACGUCACACGGGAGGAACUGAAGAAGGUCUUGAGCUGCUAUGGCACAACCACCUCAGACACACACUUCAACAAGCUCUGUGAGACCUCCAGCUCUAGACCUGGCAGUUCCUCUAAGUCGGUUCAUUACACUGACUUUCUCAGGAACCUGGGAGUCCUGCUAACAGAUGAAACACACAAAAGCUACCAUAAUGAGAGGCCAUGUGCUUCACCUCAGUCGACCCCACGGUCGGUCAGGGGACAGCGACCUCCCUCCGUCCUGCAGGUCAGUCCAGACACCUGCAACAUCCUGGACAUUGUCUUCCAGAGGAUGAGAUCAAGGUUAGAGCGACGCAACAGCAGCCUGACCGACCGCAUCCGGGCCGUCACCCACGGCUCUGAUGGGACGCUGUCGGCGACUGAUGUACGGACGAUACUAGAGGACAGUUGGGUCAUCUUGGACGACAAGAAUUUCCACAGGUUCACUGAGCAGCUGGGCUUCGUUGACGGACGGAUGGAGCGCUCUGCGUUCCUGGUGAAGUACGAGGAGGCCACAGCCAGAGCCAGGCGGCAGCGCUCUGAGGGUCAUGCUGAUGAGGAUGAGGAUGAACCCCUGCUGACUUCUGCUGAGCAAUGCCUGGCUGUCAUGAAGACCAGGAUCAAGAUCAGCCACGGGGACAACCUGACAGCAUUCCGAUUGAUGGACAGGAAACGUAAAGGCGUGGUCGACUGCCAUGAUUUUAAAGCGCUAUACAGCAGCCUGGGAUUUUUCUGCAGUGAGGCAGAGUACCAGCGGCUGCUGGAUCGGAUCGGCCUGCAUCCCGGGGGCAACCUCAACUACGCAGAAUUUGUUGAAGUUGUAGAAAAUAACGGCAAACGCAAACAAGGGACACAAACAGCAUGUGUACAAGAGCAGCUCCAUGAACUCCUGGCCUGUGAAGCCCGCUAUAAAUGGCCAGAGAUGUCUAAGGUGCUGUGCCAGUUUGACGCAGACGGCCAGGCUUGGAUCCAUAAAAAGAGCUUGAGGGGACUCCUCUUCAUCUAUGCUCUUCCCAUGAGAUCUGACCAAUUUGACCAGCUUUGGUCCAGGUAUGACCCAAAUGGGCGGGGCCAUGUUGCAGUCUGUGACUUCCUGGAAAAGCUGGGGUUUCACCAUGAAGGGGAACCCAUAGCUCAAAGCCAGAAGCUGAACCAAGCUGUAGUCCAGCAGAAUGCAGAUGGACCGGUGUCCUCUGACGCUGCAUCACUGGAGUGUAUUGAACAGAUUUUGCAGGAGAACUUUGAGGGGUUGAGCGAGACCCUGACUCACCUGGAAACGAGCAGAGAUGGCACAGUGACAGUGGAUGAGCUGCUGAGCCUGUUACAAACCCACGGCUGCUCCAUCCGGAGAGAGCAGCUUGUAAAUCACCUGCACAGGCUCAAGGUGACCAUGGAUAAAAACUGCAAGAGCCUAGCUUACAUGGAUUUGUCUGCGUUUGACCAUAAAGCAAGAGGAAAGACGUGUGAGUGUCCUCCUGCUUCUCCUGAUGCUGUGUGCCAGAUAGAGUCCUUGGACAGCCUCAGUCCAGGUGUGGCUCUGGCCAGGCUGCGAGUAGUCACUGCCUCAGCACCUCAUCUGUAUAAGGCGUUCACCGCCUUUGACCGGAGCGGGAUGGGGAUG